CCGACAUUAUCUUCCUCCAGACUCCGCUGGAAAAGGAGGCUGAAAUGACGGAUGCAGCCAUGGGAGAGAGACCCGGGGACGGUUUAUUUACAUCCGAACAGGCGGUGUAAGUUCAGAAGGAAGCCGCUGCGUGUGUAUGUGUCUCCCCCCUUUACUUUCACCGACCCUCUCCUCCUCCACCACCUCCUCCUCCGCUGGCAGAAAUUUAUAAAGAACAAAAAAUCCGACGAGGGAGGGAGGGGGGUUGAUAUUCGCCGAGGCUGAAAUCGAGAGGCGAACCCAGGGAAAGAGGAGUCAUCCGUACACGGGACUUUCCCCCUCUUAGUCCCCCAAAAGGAGGGGGAAAAGUCGCAAUAUUGGACAACGAGAAGGAAUGAGACUCUAAGGGCGUGAAAACGCCUGCAAUUGUGGAUACUUUACAUAUUUUUAUUUCGAAAAAAUAUGGCCGAGAACGUUCUGGACUCUGGCCCGCCUUCAGCCAAGAGGCCUAAACUCUCCUCUCCGGCACUUUCCGCCUCCGCCAGCGAUGGAAAUGAUUUCGGACCACUGUUUGAGUUGGAGCAGGAUCUCCCGGACGAGCUCAUCAGCUCCAAUGAAACAGGCCUGGUCAAUGGCGGGGACCUUAGCCAGUUGCACACCACUCUGGGUGGAGGACCUGCAGGGCUGGGUUCUGGAGGGCCAGGAGGAAUGGGUCUUGGACUUGGCCCUGGAGGGGGUCCUGGGGGUGUCGGUGGAGGUCAGGACGCAGUGGCCAAGCACAAACAGCUGUCUGAGCUUUUGCGUUCAGGGGCCCCUGCCUCAAACCAACAAGGGCACCAAGGAGCCAUGGGCAGCCCAGGAGGGCCCACUGCCAUGGGGCAACACUUGGCAAACAUGAAAGCAUCCCCUGGUCAGGGACCUCAGCAAAUGAUGGGUCAGGGGCAGCAGCAGCAGCAGCAGCACCUCUCUCCUCAACAGCAGGCCACCAUGAUGCAGCAGCAACAGAAUGCUGCGGCUGGAAUGUUGGGUGGCAUGAACAGAGCCAUGAUGAGCGCACAGCAGAAAGGCAAUAAUGGACCGCAGCAGCCAGGAAUGAUGGGGAACCAAGUGAUGAACGGCUCCCCGAGGAUGGGGUUUGGGAAUCAAGGGAUGGGUGGAAACGGCAACCUGUUGGCUGAGACGCUACAGCAACAAGGACCUGGAGGACAGAACAGUAUGAGAGGCCAGCAGCCUGGAGCAAUGAACAAGAUGGCGAUGAUGGGGAACCCAGGAGGCCCCUUUGGUGGCCCUUAUGCUGGGCAAGGGAAUCAAGGUCUUGGAGGUGCAGGGCUGGGCCCUCAACUUCAGAACAAGGGCCCCAUGGCCAACAGCCUGCCCCAGUUCAGUGUGGAUAAGAAGAACCAGCCCAUGCAAGGAAUGGCUUCUAUGGGCUCCCAGCAGUCACAAGCUGGUGUGGGCGGUCCCUCUGGUGCACCUGUGGGAGGGGCCCCAGGGAUGGUACCCAAUGCUCAGGCAGGUCUAGUUGGUCCUGGUUCACAGGUUUCUGCAGCGUCUGCUGCAGCUGGCGCACCACCUACGGCUGACCCCGAGAAACGCAAGCUGAUCCAGCAGCAACUAGUUCUCCUGCUCCACGCACACAAGUGCCAGCGGCGGGAACAGGCCAACGGUGAAGUCCGGCAGUGCAACCUUCCCCACUGUCGCACCAUGAAGAAUGUUCUCAACCACAUGACACACUGCCAGGCUGGUAAAUCUUGUCAGGUUGCUCACUGUGCAUCAUCAAGGCAAAUCAUCUCUCAUUGGAAGAACUGCACGCGACACGACUGUCCUGUCUGUCUGCCACUGAAGAAUGCUGGGGACAAGAGGAACCCGCAGUGUGAGUCUCUACUUGGUGCUGCCGCUGCAGGUCUAGGCAAUUCUCUUAGUGCUGUAACUGGUGGCCAACCAAGUGCACCUAACCUCAACCCGCCAAGUCAGAUUGACCCCAGCUCGAUAGAGAGAGCCUACGCAGCCCUGGGCCUCACGUACCAGGGCAACCAGAUCCAAGCUCAGUCUCCCCAGUCCAACAUGCCCAACCAAGGUCUGCAAGGCCAGACCGGCAUGAGGUCUAUGAAUCCAAUGGGUGCAAGUCCUAUGGGAGUUAAUGGAGGAGUGGGAGCUUCACCUCAAAGUCAACAAGCUAGCCUGCUACAGGAUACCAUGAUGCACCUGAAUGUGAACAGCCAAGGUCUGAUGAAUGAUGCCGGUGGGGUCGGCUCCUUGCCCACGGCGGCUCCACUCUCUGCCACAGGCAUGAGGAAAAGCUGGCAUGAAGACAUUACGCAGGACCUACGAAACCACUUGGUACACAAACUUGUUCAGGCCAUUUUUCCUACUCCAGAUCCUGCCGCCCUCAAGGAUCGACGAAUGGAGAACUUGGUGGCCUACGCCAGAAAAGUUGAGGGAGACAUGUACGAGUCAGCCAACAGUAGAGCUGAGUACUAUCACCUCUUAGCAGAGAAGAUCUAUAAGAUCCAGAAGGAGCUGGAGGAGAAGAGGAGGACACGGCUCCAGAAGCAGGGAUUGGGCAUCGGGCCUGCAAGCAUGGGUCAGCCCUCCACUGGACUGCCUCCAAACGGUCCCCUCCCUGACCCAUCUAUGGUGCGGCCGACUGGACCAAAUCAGAUGGUCAACAGGAUGCAAAGCCCAGGUAUGAAUCAAUUCAAUCAGAUGGGGAUACAAUCUAUGGGCCAGAGGUCCACGCCUCCACUCCCGAUGGGAUCAUCUGGCAACCAGAUGGGAAUGGUUGGAUCCAGGAUGGGACAGCCCAAUGUCAACCAGAUGCAGAACCAGUAUCUGUCCCAGGGACAGUUUCCAGGCUCUGGAGGACCAGGAGUUGGUCCAGCUCAGCCUGCUAUUUCUCAGCCCGGUGCACAGACUGGAAUGGCACAGACUCAGAUGGGCACCCCUCCUUCUCUUCCUGUUGCUAGUCCACUGGGGCAGCCAGGUUCCGCUGGUGGUCCCAGUGGCAUCCCCUCUGUGGGAUCAAUGGGUCCCCAGAGCGUGGGUGGUGGAGGACCCAACUCGGUUGGUGGAGCACCUCCUUCCUCGAUGACUCCAUCUCACACAAACCAACAACCCAACUCCAUCCCUCACCUGGCAGCCAUGCGUGGCAGCUCCCCCUCCCCGGCUCACAGCCGAUCACCCACACCUCACCAAACACCCCCCAGGUUAGCUGGAUCCCAGACCCCACAGCCACACACGCCUAAUGCGCCACAGCUGGCUCCACCUCCCCAGCAAAACCAGCUCGGCCAAGGCCCGGGCUCCAACAAGUCCCUCCAGCAGCAGCAUAUAGGGCAGGCUGGGUCGACCACUCCGUCUCACCCUGGACUGGCCUCGAGUUCAACGCCGCAGCACAGUGCUCAGCUGCCACGCACUCCGUUGUCACAAAAAGGUUCAUUCCCCGCGGACAGUCAGGCCCUGACUCCGGCGUCUGUCAGCAGCCUGGACACUUCCUCGCAGCAGCCGCAGUCGAACGCCUCAGCCACCAACCUGGACUCCAAAAUGGAGGUGAAGCAGCAGGACGAGGAGGACGAGAGUGAUGCCGGCAGCUGCUCCAAAGGAGGGAAGCUCAGCAACCUCAAAAUGGAGGAAAAGCCCAUUAAAUUAGAGGUGAAGAAGGAGGAGUGUUCUGGAGAGGGAGGUAAAGGUGUUCCCAUGGAUACAUCAACAACGAUGCCGACGUCCGGCAUAAAAACGGAGGACAGGAAACCGGAGGUGAAGAAGGAGGUAAAAGAGGAGGAGGAGGAGACGUCAGAGGCAGCAACACAGGCCCCAGUGAAAAAGAAGAUCUUCAAGCCAGAGGAGCUUCGUCAGGCCCUGAUGCCGACCCUGGAAUCUCUCUACAGACAAGAUCCAGAGUCCCUUCCUUUCAGAAUGCCUGUUGACCCACAACUGCUGUGCAUACCUGACUACUUUGACAUUGUGAAGAACCCCAUGGACUUAUCAACUAUCAAACGAAAGCUGGACACUGGUCAGUACCAGGAUCCUUGGCAGUACGUGGAAGACAUCUGGCUGAUGUUCAACAACGCAUGGCUGUACAACCGCAAAACAUCCAGAGUCUACAAGUACUGCUCAAAGCUGGCUGAGGUGUUCGAGCAGGAGAUCGACCCCGUCAUGCAGAGCCUUGGCUACUGUUGUGGUAGGAAGUUGGAGUUUUCCCCUCAGACAUUGUGCUGCUAUGGAAAGCAGCUCUGCACUAUUCCCCGAGAUGCUGCUUACUUCAGCUACCAGAACAGUUCACCAAAAUUUGGGCUUGUUGCUAACAGGUACCACUUCUGCGAGAAGUGCUUCAACGAGAUACAGGGAGAGACAGUUUCCCUGGGCGAUGACCCCUCCCAGCCACAGGCAUCAAUUAACAAGGAUCAGUUUGAGAAGAAGAAGAAUGACACACUGGACCCUGAACUGCUUGUUGAAUGUUUAGACUGUGGGCGAAGGAUGCACCAGAUCUGUGUCCUGCACAAUGAUACAAUCUGGCCGGCUGGCUUUGUGUGUGAUGGCUGCUUAAAGAAGACAAAUAAGACACGGAAAGAGAACAAGUAUUCUGCCAAAAGGUUGCCCCACACAAAGUUGGGAGUUUACCUGGAGACGAGGGUGAAUGACUUCCUGAAGCGUCAGAGCCACCCGGAGUCUGGAGAAGUCACCAUUCGUGUCGUCCAUGUCUCAGAUAAAGUUGUGGAGGUGAAACCAGGCAUGAAGUCGAGAUUUGUGGACAGCGGAGAAAUGUCAGAGUCCUUCCCAUACAGGACAAAAGCCCUUUUUGCAUUUGAGGACAUUGAUGGAGCAGAGGUGUGCUUCUUUGGGAUGCAUGUUCAAGAGUACGGAUCUGACUGUCCUCAGCCAAACCAGCGGCGGGUAUACAUAUCCUACCUGGACAGCGUACACUUCUUCCGACCCCGUGGACUACGAACAGCAGUUUACCAUGAAAUCCUCAUCGGGUACUUGGAAUAUGUCAAGAGACUUGGCUACACCACUGGCCACAUCUGGGCCUGCCCACCUAGUGAAGGGGACGACUACAUCUUCCACUGUCACCCUAUAGAUCAGAAGAUCCCAAAGCCCAAACGUCUUCAGGAAUGGUACAAGAAAAUGUUAGACAAAGCUGUGGCAGAGCGGAUAGUGCACGACUACAAGGACGUCUUCAAGCAGGCAACAGAGGAUCGUUUGACCAGUGCCAAGGAGCUGCCUUACUUUGAGGGUGACUUUUGGCCCAAUGUGUUGGAGGAGAGCAUCAAAGAGCUGGAGCAAGAGGAGGAGGAGAGGAAGAGAGAGGAGAACAGCACUUCCAAUGAGAGUAUUGAUGACACAAAGAGUGACAGUAAAAAUGCAAAGAAGAAGAACAACAAGAAGACGAGUAAGAACAAGGGCAGCUUGAGCAGAGGCAAUAAGAAGAAGCCAGGGAUGCCCAGCGUCUCCAACGACCUUUCACAGAAACUCUAUGCCACUAUGGAGAAACACAAAGAGGUGUUCUUUGUGAUCCGACUGAUCGCAGGCCCCAUGGCUAAUGCCUUGCCGCCUAUCUCCGACCCUGAUCCCCUGAUGGCGUGUGACCUCAUGGAUGGCCGCGAUGCUUUCCUGACAAUUGCCCGGGACAAACACCUUGAGUUCAGCUCACUGCGGAGGUCCAUGUGGAGCUCCAUGUGCAUGUUGGUGGAGUUGCAUAACCAAAGCCAGGACCGAUUUGUUUACACUUGUAAUGAGUGCAAGCACCAUGUGGAGACUCGUUUCCACUGUACUGUCUGUGAGGAUUAUGACCUCUGCAUCACAUGUUACAACACUAAGGGCCACGUGCACAAGAUGGAGAAGUUAGGCCUUGGUUUGGAUGAUGAGAGCAACAACCAAGCCUCUGCUACUACCCAGAGCCCUGGAGACUCUCGUCGCCUCAGCAUCCAGCGCUGCAUCCAGUCCCUCGUCCAUGCAUGCCAGUGUCGAAACGCAAACUGCUCUCUGCCGUCCUGCCAGAAGAUGAAACGGGUUGUUCAGCACACAAAGGGCUGCAAAAGGAAAACCAACGGUGGCUGCCCCAUCUGCAAACAGCUUAUCGCGCUUUGUUGUUACCACGCUAAGCACUGUCAGGAGAACAAGUGCCCAGUACCGUUCUGCCUGAACAUCAAGCACAAGCUCCGUCAGCAGCAGCUGCAGCACAGGCUCCAGCAAGCCCAGAUGCUGAGGAGGAGGAUGGCCAGCAUGCAAAGAGUGGGUCAGCCUGUUCCUGGAGGAGCUCCUGGUGGCAAUGGUCUACCUUCUCCAGGAGCCAACAACGGAGCAACUGGUCCUGGUACCCCUACAUCUGUGGGCACGCAGCCUUCUACCCCACAGACACCCACACAGGGGAAUAUGCCUGCACAUUCACAGCAGAAGGGUGUUGGGAUGGGGGGAAUGGGAGUGCCAGGUCAGCAACAGCAGGUUCAACAACAAAGUAGUGCCAUGCCACCGCAACACCAUCUCCAUCAGUUUCAGUCAGUGGGUGGAGGAGGUGGAGGGGGGAUGAUGAAUUCUCCUCAGCAGCAGAUGGUGUCUCAGCUCCAGCAGCAACCUCCCAAUGUCCAGCAGCCGCAGCACCCUGGUGGUCUUCCUCCAUACAACCCACGACCACCUGGAGCAUCUCCUCUCCACCAGUCCUUGGGUAAACCUGGACUGGGUCCAGCCACCCCACCCCAGCAACAACCCAACCAAGGCCAGGGGACCAUCCCUGUAUCAGGACAACAGCAAGGCCCCCCUCUGGCUGCUGUGGAGACGGCCCUAAAAAUUCAGCGCCUAGCAGAGACCCAGAGACAGAUGGCCCAGGCCCAAGCACAGAUCCGUAACUUGGGACAGGGUGGCAUGAUUCCCCAACAUCCACACCACCAGAACACUCAGGCCCAGAUGGGCAUGCCCCACAUUGGGGCCCAGGGCAUGCCCCCACAGGCUCAGGGAGUUGUUGGCAGGACUAUGUUAGACCCACAGCAGCAGGGAAUGCUAGCAGGGAUGCAGCAAGGUGGCCCUCAGUCACAGUUGCCACCUCAGGUUCAGCAGCAGCUCCAGCAGGUUCAGUCUGGUGGUGGACAGCUACAGCCAACAAACCAGCAAUGGGGAGCCGGGGGACCAGCCAUGAACCCCCAACAACGACCAAGUAUGAUGGCCCACAUGGCUGCUCAGCAGCAGCAGCCAGGAGCUCCUCAGCAACCGCAGCAGCUGAUGAAUCAGCAGCAACCUCAAGCAGGAAACCGCGGGAUAAUGCAGGUAAUGGGUGUUUCAGGAGGAGUAGCUGCGACACCUGCUGCAUUAGCAAGUGCAGCUGCGUCAGGAAACCUGCCCCAGGCAGCACUUCAAGAACUCCUGCGAACGCUGCGCUCCCCAAGCUCACCGAUUCAACAGCAGCAAGUCCUCAACAUCCUACGUUCUAACCCUACUCUCAUGGCUGCUUUUAUCAGGCAAAGAGCAGCCAGAUAUCAAAAUGCUCAGGGUGGACCUGGGGGGCCACCUCAGGGGCCCCCUGGAGGUGUGAGGUUUCCAGGUGCUGCAGGAGGGCUGCCUGGUGUGGGAGGCCCUGGAGCUAACCAACUUACUAGCAUGGAAGGACAGCAGCAAGUUAAUGUGAACCAGGCAGGUCAGCCAGGGAUGAACAUGGUUCAGGGCGGAGCAGGUGGCGGAAACAUGCCCACUAUGGCUCAGCUUCAGCAGUUACAACAGCAACAACAGCAACAACAACAACAGCAGCAGCAGCAACAGCAGCAACAACAACAACAACAACAACAACAACAGCAACAACAACAGCAGCAGCAGCGGCCAAUGAUGCCUGGGAAUCUACAGCAACAGCAAAUGGCAGCUUUGCAGCAGCAACAACAACAGCAACAACAACAACAACAACAGGGAGCAAUGCAAGCAGGGCAACAAGGCAUGCCAUCACAGUUUCGAGAAUUAUUGAUGAUGAGAAGACACCUACAACAGCAGCAACAACAACAACAACAACAGCAGCAGCAGCAGCAGCAGCAGCAGAUGGGAAACCACGGGCAGUUCCAGCAGCAGCAAGGCCAGCAAGGCUUCAUGCAGCCUGGUCAGGGGCAGCCGGGGAUGCCGCCCUCUUCACAACCCCAGCCAGGUGCAACAGGUGUAGUGGGCCCCCAGCAGCAGCAAGGGGGACAACAGGGUGGACCAGGACAGCCUGGUCAGCAAGGCUACCCUAACUCCAUGUCAGUGGCUGCAGCGCUACAGCAAAGGCUCCAGAUGCAGAAGCAGCAGCAGCAGCAGCAACAACAACAGCAGAAUCAAAUGCUUCAAGGGCAAGAUGGAGGUCCCGGAGGAGCAGGAGGACCUCAACUUCAGCCUGGACCAGUUGGACCAGUGCAGGGACAACAGCAGGGUGGUGCUGGACCCCCACUGCCUCAGACAUCUCAAGGCAUGCUUCACCAGAACAUUCACCAGAGGUUGCUGCAGCAGCAGCAGCAGCACCUCGGUGGAGGCUCUCCAGCCCAGCACAGCAGUCCUAUGAGUCCGCAGCAGCAGAUGGCUCAGUCCCCCCACCAUCUCCAAGGACAGGGAGGACUUGGUCCUGCAGGGUCGCUCAGUAGUCAGGUCAGGUCCCCGCAGCCGUCACCAAGACCGCAGUCACAGCCGCCGCACUCCAGCCCGUCCCCGCGCAUGCAGCCCUCAGCUCAGCCCCAGCCCUCGCCUCAUCGCAUUUCUCCACAGACUCAGACCGGUUCGCCCCACCCGGGCCACUUAGGCCAACAUCACCCGAGCAUGGCGCCACCCCAGCCUCCGCAACCUCAGCAGCCGGGCGGUUCCGUAGAUCCCAGUCAGUUCAGCUCAGACCAGAAUUCCAUCAUGUCCCAGUUGAGUGGGAUGACGGGGAUGCACAGUGGUCAGGCAGGGCCGUCGGACAUGUUGGGUGGGAAUAACGCCAACAGUGGCAACAAUAACCAGGACCUGGGAACGAACAUUAACCACAACAGUUUAGACCUGAUGUAGCCUCGGCUCCACAUCGCUGCCCCCCAUGUACUGACAAACUGCCACGACAGGAGAGCAGCGCGGGACUGCGACUUUGAGGUUUUAGAAGUUUUUAUUUUCUAUUUAAAUAUUUUUGUGAUGUACAAAUAAGAACUGAAACUUCCUUCCUAUGGGAGAUGCAACAUAAAUCCUAGAAGUCAAUAAAAAGAAUAAAUUAAAACAAUGGUAAGUUAUUGCUGUUAAUAUAUAUAUAUAUAUAUAUAUAAAUAUCUAUAUAUUUUUGCCAAUUGUGUACAAAAUGGUGGAAGGGCAGUGUUUCAGGUUGAAGAUAUUUCUUCCUUAAGUCUAUGACUCAAUAUUUUUGGGGACUGAGAAUUUUGCCUUUUUAUGAAUAUUUUUAAGAUUUUAAAUGUGGCUAAAAAUUUAAAGUUAAAUGACACGUACCUUUGUUUCCACCACCACCCCACCCCCUACUUUUAAAUACCCAGUCAUGAUUGUAUCUAUUUUGCAGAGAUUUUAUUUUUUUCCCCUCAGUGGAUCACAAAACAAGCACCGACAUAUCUUCCAUUACAGUCUUUCAUAGUCAUGGACAUUUUUCCACGAGUCGGAUGCAGAUGAGUUUAUCGAACGGGUGGAUGGGUGCGGGGGUUAAAUGCAGUUAAAUUUUUGACAUUGUUAUUGUUGUUGUUUUGUUUUUUUUAAUUUCCAUCAGGGUCUUUUAGGUUUGAAUGAAACCAUAACAGUGUUUUUUGGAGGGCAGGUGACACUGACCUUGAGUUUGGUCAAACAGAUGAAGAUCCUUUUCACUCGUGUGCCGCGUCUCCACCCCACCAUCUUGAGUUUUCCUAUGAAUGUGCACAUCUUCCUCACCCUGAACCCUAAAAAAAAACAAAAUGGAGGGAUGAACUGUUAACGCCUAAUAUUUAAGCUGGAGGCGCUUUUUAUGUCUGGUUUUUUUUUUUUUUUUUUUUUUUUUAAAUCUGGCCAAUGUUUCACAGGUUGUGCGUGUACAUAUAUUAUAAAAGCUUGUUUUGGUUGUUUUUUUUUUAAGAACUGUGAUACAAAGAAAAAGGUUGUUGAUGUGUUUUUUGGGCUGAAGUCGUUUAAAAAACUCCUGCCUGGUUCCUCAUCCUUUGAUGAUUUCCUCUUUCACUUCUCUUUCCUCCUUUGUUCCCUGAACCUCAUAACUGCCUCUCAGCCACAAAUCAAUGUCAGUACUGUACAAAGUUAAAGAAAAUGGUGGACUUAGAUACUGUUUUUGUAAUGAAAAGUUAAAAAGUGUAAACGACAAAAAACAAACACAAAGAAAUUGUACAUAUUUAAAAUGUUAUGAGCAGAAAGUUCCUGCUGCUUUGUUCCCUUUUUCUUGUUCGAUUGGAUAUUUGCUGUAUCUGUAAAAAUAUGAUAAAGAAAAUGAUAAAAAAAAAAUCUACAAAAGUACUCCUGAGCUACUGUACAGUAUUGAGAUUUUUUCUAAAAGGGUACAGUGUGGGGGUGUCGUAGGUCACAAGCACCAAUGCGCCUUUUUCUGUGUAUUUUUCAACAAGGGAGGGUGUCGGUCACACGCCUGGACAAAGACCUGCACCAGGGUCUGGUGUCGAUCAGAAGUGUUGAUCGGAAUCCGUUUAAAUUUGGUUGUUUAGCUUUUUACGGAGAGGACUGAAGACACAAUAUUCACACGCUCACUAUUUUUCUCAGAAAGGUUGGGCUUUGCUGGGUUUUGGGGGGAGGGGGAACGCGUCAGAACCAGGUGGCAAUAUAUCUUGAGACUUAUUUUAUAAAGAAAAAAAGAAAAAAAAACACAAGGAAAAACUGUCUUUUAUAUAUAGAUAUAUUAUUUAAUUUUAUUUUUUUGGAAAUAAAACUUGAAGCUACAGGAAUUAUUAGAUAUAAACAUGUUUUGUUUUGUAUUAAAAAAAAAAAAAAAGAUGUUAAUGGUGAUGCAAAAUGACACUGCGGACAGUCUCGGUCGCUCAGUUUGCCCCCGGGGGAGCUGCGGAGUUUAACUAUACCAUCCUUUUUUGAAGAAACCUUUCAUGUACAUGACUAUAGUUGUAAAAAAAAACAAAACAAAAAAAAACAUACUGAAUCACUGUACAGACUGAUGGCAACUGAACAAAUGGUUUUGUUUUUAUCAUUUCUUCUCCUCUAAAGAGACUGGAAAUACGACUAUUUAAAUAUUUGUUUAGUAUUCAAAUGAAAUCUUUGACCACUUUUCUUUUUUUUGUUCCUCUUGUUAACAAUUUUUUGGUGCUUGCUGAGAGAAAGCAAAAAUAACUGUUGCUCCAUUUUCAAUAGUUUCUUUUUUUAAGUUAUUUUGGUGGUCUGAUUGUUUUUUUGUUUUUUUGCCAAUAAAUUAAUUGUACAAUAAAGUAUGUUU